UAAGAGGCAGCCACGCAGAGAAUUCUCUUGACUCUUCUGCUCUCUCUUUUGUCGGAAAAUCACAGUUCAACUGGUAUUGUUUCCGGAUCACUCUGGAAGGAGAGAUUGUGUGUGUGUGUGUGUGAGAGAGAGAGAGAGAGAGAGAGAGAAGUUUUAUAGAAAGAAGAGAUGAUGUGGGGGAUUCUAAGCCCAAAGGUUGGAGCUGGGGGGCCUUCAGUUCAAAGGACGAAGACUGCAGUCGCAGUGUUGAGAAGUUAUUCUUCUGUAUCCAAACAGAUAACUGUAAGGCAUGCUCUAAAUUCUGCCCUUGAUGAAGAGAUGUCUGCUGAUCCUAGAGUGUUUCUAAUGGGUGAAGAGGUUGGAGAAUACCAAGGUGCAUAUAAGGUUUCAAAAGGCCUCUUGGACAAGUAUGGCCCCCAGAGGGUUGUUGAUACGCCUAUUACGGAGGCCGGUUUCACAGGUAUUGGAGUAGGUGCUGCUUAUUAUGGCCUUAGGCCUAUAGUGGAAUUUAUGACAUUUAAUUUUGCAAUGCAGGCUAUUGACCACAUAAUCAAUUCAGCUGCAAAAACAAAUUACAUGUCUUCUGGCAACAUAAGUGUACCCAUUGUUUUCCGAGGACCAAAUGGCGCUGCUACUGGUGUAGGUGCCCAGCAUUCACAGUGUUAUGCAGCAUGGUAUGGUUCCUGCCCUGGGUUGAAAGUUCUUGCCCCAUACUCGGCAGAAGAUGCCCGUGGGCUACUGAAAGCUGCCAUCAGGGACCCUGAUCCUAUUGUUUUCCUUGAAAAUGAGUUGCUAUAUGGCGAGUCCUUCCCUGUUUCAGCAGAAGCUCUUGAUUCCAGUUUUUCCCUUCCAAUAGGGAAAGCUAAGAUUGAGAGAGAAGGAAAGAAUGUCACAAUUACGGCUUUUUCAAAAAUGGUUGGCUAUGCAUUGAAGGCAGCUGAGAUACUUGAAAAGCGAGGGAUCAGUUCUGAGGUUAUAAAUCUCCGCUCAAUCAGGCCACUAGAUAGGGCCACAAUUAAUGCUUCAGUUCAGAAAACAAAUAGGCUAGUGACCGUGGAAGAAGGUUACCCCCAACAUGGCGUUGGUGCUGAAAUAUGUGCAUCAGUAGUGGAGGAAAACUUCAUGUAUCUUGAUGCUCCGGUGGAAAGGAUUGCUGGGGCCGAUGUUCCCAUGCCUUACGCUGCUAAUCUUGAGAGAAUGGCUCUCCCACAGGUUGAAGAUAUCGUUCGUGCUGUCGAAAGGGUAUGCUUCAGAUCACCUCCCAUGGCUGCAAAUGCUUGACCCGAGCACAAGGGCCUGAGAUUUUCCCUUGUCCAUUUGAGAUAAAUUGGUAUAACCCAGAUAUGGAGCUUUGGUGUCUGCAGUAAGCUAGCAUUCAGUUGUAUGUUCUCUUUUCUCCUUAUUGGAGAAUAUAACAGCUUUUACGGAGUUCUAUUGCAUAAAAUGUUGUAUAACAUUGAUACCAUCCGUAUUGUUGUACAAAAUAUUACCAUGUAUAAUAACCUCAAUAGGGAUAUUUAAAAUAUAAGCUUGUCAGGCUGAGACUCAGAUUUGACAUGAUUUGGGUUCAUGCCGAGGUCGAUUGAUGGUAUGAUUAUUUCAAUUG